CGUACCACCGUCCUUGGCCUGUCUUUCAGCCAUAAUUCUCCACUCCCUCUCUGUUCCCCUGCUGUCUACUUUCGUUUGAACUCACUAUCUCUGUCACCACAUCUAAAAUGACGAAAAAAAAUCAGCAGAAGAAAGAGCAGGAGGCGGCCAUGCCUGCCGAGACGAACGGCAACGACGAACAUCCCAUAGACGUCGACCCUGAAUCUUCGCCGCCAUUCUCUCCGAUCGAUGAAGUCCUUCCAACACCCUCCUCGAGCUCCAGUACAGUCAAGACUCCAGAGCCCGAACCCGAACCCAAAAUGGACCCCGUCGCCGAAGGUGAGAAGCUGAAGGAGCAGGGUAACACCGCCUUCAAAGCGAAGAACUACAGCCAAGCCGUGGACCUCUACACUAAAGCGAUCGCAUUCCGCCCCGCCGAGCCCGCCUAUCUUACCAACCGCGCCGCGGCGCACAUGGCGCUCAAAAGGUUCCGGCCGGCGCUCGCGGACUGUCAACAAGCAGCAAAUCUACAGGCCGCCGCGCCCUCUGUGAAGACGCUCAUCCGCCUCGCGCGAUGUCAGCUUGCGGUCGGCUCACCGAUCCCAGCCUUGUCAACCCUGAGGGUGGCACUUGAGGCUGAGCCAGGGAAUACUGCUGCGAUCCAGCUGCAGGAAAAAGUGCUUGAGCUGGAGGCCCAUCUGCGGAAUUUUGAGGGUGCAAAGGCGCGGAAGGAGUGGGGAAUGGCUCGGCUUGCGUUAGAUCAGUGCAUGAAAGGUAUUGAGGGUCAAGGCGGUGACAUCCCAACGGAGUGGAGGCAAUGGCGAGUUCAGCUCGAGCUUGUGCGGGGAAAUUGGGACGCUGCGAAUACCGCUGCAAACGACGCGUUGCGCUUGCAGCCUAAUUCUUCAGACGUACUUACGCUCCGAGGGUUAGUGUUAUUCUUCUGUGGUAAAAUUCCACAGGCGCUCCAGCAUGCAGCCUCGGCAUUACGAUUCGAUCCUGGACACGAAGCUGCACAGCGAUUGCGGAGACGAGUUAAAGAUGUUGAGCGGCUCAAGGAAGAGGGAAAUCAGGCUUUUAAGUCUGGCAGGUUGGCUGUCGCACUUAACAAGUAUACCGAGGCAUUAGAGCGAAUUGGCGAGAAUGAAGAGGAGGGCAAGGGCGGCCAGAUCCGUGCAACGCUUCUAUCCAAUCGGGCGACGACGUUCGUAAAGCUCUCAAAAUACGACGAAGCGCUGACAGACACAGAAGCGUCUCUAACCCUGCAACCAUCCGCGUUUAAGGCUCUGCGAACGCGCGCCCGGAUCAAUAUGCACCUGGAGAAGUACGACAACGCAGUCGCGGACUUCAACACCUCGAUUGAGCAGGCCGAGUUCGAGGGCGCGAACGGGGAUGUACGGACCCUGCGCAGUGAGCUGAAGAAGGCGGAGAUCGCGCUGAAACGGAGUAAGACGAAAGAUUACUACAAGAUCCUCGGUCUCGCCAGGGACUGCAAUGAGAUCGACAUCAAGAAAGCUUAUCGCCGAGAAUCACUGAUACAUCAUCCUGACAAGGGUGGUGACGAAGAGAAAUUCAAGCUUGUUGUCGAAGCGCACGCCGUUCUCUCGGAUCCGCAACGACGCGAGCGUUACGAUCUCGGCGAGGACGAGGACGGGUCAAUGGGCUCAGGUGGGCCGGGCGGUAUGAACUCCGCUGACCUGGCGAACAUCUUCGCGCAGUUCGGAGGGCCCGGCGGCGGCGGCGGCGGUGGAUUCCCAUUCGGACACAGUCAUGGAGGUGGAGGCGGGUAUGGCGGCAGGGGCUUCCCGCCUGGAUUCUGAUUUUGUCCGUGGUUGGCAAGUGUAUACUGAUGAACAUGUAGUGUCCGUUAUCUGUAUGCCUUUGAGUUGCAGUCGUCUCCGAUUGACCUCGCAGUGCUUCCCUUAUACAUCUGUAAUGAAUGUCACACAUAGAUUACUGUUCGUCAAAUUCUGGAGUUGCAAUACGCUGUGGGCUGUCGAGCUGGGGUGCUUGAGGGUCGCAUCAGUGCUAGCAACUACAUGAAUGGAAAAUAAUUGCCAUGU